UGUGACAUGACACAGCGGAUCACCGAUCAACGGAAAGAGCCGAAGAUGGCGGCUCGGUCAUGUGAUCAGCUGUGGCACUGAUGAUCAGUGUGCCCUGAUGAUCAGUGUAGCCCCAGCAGUGCCACCUGUCAGUGUCCAUCAGUGCCAGCUGUCAGUGCUCAUCCAUGCCACCUGUCAGUGCCACAUCAAUGCCACAUAUCAGUGCCUACCAGUGCACAUUAAUGCCACAUAUCAGUGCCCAUCUGAGCUGCCUUUCAGUGUUACCUAUCAGUGCCAGUCAGUGCCAACUAUCAAUGCCAGUCAAUGCCACCUAUCAGUGCCGCCUAUCAGUGCGCAUCAGUGCUGUCUAUCAGUGCCCGUCAGU